AUGGGUGACGUAUUUGGGGGUGUCCUAUCAGGGAGCGCCCACUGUCCCAAGGCUGAGAAAAUGAGGUGGACACGUGAAGGAGGGGGUCACUUCCUUUCCUUUCUUUCACGUCAGGAGAUGGUGACCUUCAGGGAUGUGGCAGUAGACUUCUCCCGAGAAGAAUGGGCGUGUCUGAGCCCUUCUCAAAGGCAUCUGUACAGCCAUGUGAUGCAGGAGAACUACAAGCUCUUGGUGUCUCUGGGCCUUUGCUUUUCUAAACCAAGUGUGAUAUUCUUGUUGGAACAAGGAAAAGAGCCAUGGACGGUGAAGACAGAGCUGACAGACAGUUUGUCCACAGACUGGGAGUCUAUGUGUGUGACAGAAAAACUCAUCCCAAAGCAGGAACCUUAUGAUGAAGAGUCAUCCAGAAAUAUACUAGAAGAACUUAGAAGUAUUGGCUUUGAGUGUCCCAGUUUGGUGGAAGAAUGGAGCUAUGAACAUCAUUUUGAGAGGCAAUCUGAGAAUCUAAAAGCAUAUUUCAAGGAAGAAACCAUUGCCUUUGAAACUCUGACUGAUAACAGAUCCUGGGGAAGUUUCUAUCCGAACACAUUGCUUCAUACACAACAGACAGCCCCCAAAGAGGAGAAUGCGUAUAAACAAGGCACACGCAAGAACAGCUUGAGGAGGAGCUUGAGGACUGCCAAGCCCAAGAGGAUCUACAGAGAGAAGAAACUUUUGAAAUGCAACGAUUGUGAGAAGGUCUUUAGACAGAGCUCCUCCCUUACCCUUCACCAAAGAAUUCAUACCGGAGAAAAACCCUACGAGUGCAUAGAAUGUGGGAAAGCCUUCAGCCAGAGGUCAAACCUUGUUCAGCAUCACAGGGUUCACACGGGAGAGAAACCUUAUGAGUGUAAAGAGUGUCGGAAGGCUUUCAGUCAGAAUGCACACCUAGCUCAGCACCUGCGCAUCCACACUGGAGAAAAACCUUAUGAGUGUGAGGUGUGCAGGAAAGCCUUCAGCCAGUUUGCCUACCUUGCUCAGCAUCAGAGAAUUCAUACCGGCGAGAAGCCCUACGAAUGCGUAGAAUGCGGAAAAGCCUUUAGCAAUAGGUCAUCCAUUGCUCAACACCAGAGAGUUCACACAGGAGAGAAACCUUACGAGUGCCGGGUCUGUGGAAAAGCAUUUAGCCUUCGUGCGUACCUGACUGUGCAUCAGAGAAUACAUACGGGUGAGAGGCCCUAUGCGUGCAAGGAGUGCGGGAAGGCCUUCAGCCAAAAUUCACACCUUGCUCAACACCAGAGAAUUCACACAGGAGAAAAACCUUAUAAAUGCCAGGAAUGUAAGAAGGCCUUCAGCCAGAUUGCCUACCUGGCUCAGCAUCAAAGAGUUCACACUGGGGAGAAACCUUAUGAAUGUAUUAAGUGUGGGAAGGCUUUUAGCAAUGACUCCUCCCUUACCCAACACUGGAGAGUUCAUACCGGAGAAAAACCGUACAAAUGUAAUGUUUGUGAGAAGGCUUUCAGUUACUGUGGAUCCCUUGCCCAACAUCAGAGAAUUCAUACAGGAGAGAGACCCUACGAGUGUAAAGAGUGCAAG